AUGCGGCAACUCUUUGUUCCGCUGUUUUUCUGCGUAAGUCUAUUUUAUGGGCUGAAUAGUACUGUAAAUUAUACUUAAUUCGAUUUCAGGCCAUAUUGGUGGAUGGGCACUUCAGAUUCAAUAAAUUACGAAGGAUUGUCAAAGAUAAUACUGUAAGUACAAAAAAGUUUUGAAACUUUGAUGAAAUUUGAGGCAAAUUUAUAACCGUCCGUGAAGAAUUCACGUGCAGAAUGUCAGGGCCAUCCAUAAGCAUUAAUCUUUGAGUAAAUCCUUUGUUUACAAUGUCAGUGUGUCAGGAAAGUAAUGAGCACAAAGUCGCUGAGCCGAACGCUACGCUGAAGUGAAAACAACUUAAUUUUCGUCACAAUUCAUUUUCUCGGCGGAAAUGCGAUUUCCGUCACGACAGAAUGCUCAUUAUUUUCCCGACAGACUGAUAUUUUCACCCAACUUUGAGCAAAAUUUUGAGUCAUACUUUUUUAUGCAAUUCUAGCAGCUGCUGAAACAAAAGCUAACGUCUCCUCGGCUCGCUGACAUCCCAUCGGAUCAAUGGUUUAUCCAGAAAUUGGAUCAUUUCAAUGAGUCAGUCACUGACACGUGGCGUCAAAGAUUUUGGGUUAACGAGGAGUUCUACGAAGCCGGAGGUCCAGAACUUUUGAAUAUCGGCGGAGAAGGGCCCGAAGAUCCCUAUGGGAUUUGCUAUACGGACUUGCCAAUCGUACAAUGGGCCAAGAAAUUGAAGGCAAGACUGUGGAAUCUGGAGCAUCGAUUUUACGGCGAGAGUCGUCCAACUCCGUAAGCAAUCAAUUUACAUUGCUUCCCGGUAGCGCUCGGACAGGUUUUGUAGUCGGGAAAAUAAUAAGCACUCUGUCGGAGACUUAGAUGAGACCAGUUAUCAUUUAGAGUUGGUUACCACAGGAAUAUAGAAGAAAAAGCCAUCAAACCGUUCGUCGCGUUUCGUAUAGGGAAACUUCAUUUCUCUGACUGUCUGCAGUCUCCGCAAACCUGUUAUCUUAUAUCAGUCUGUCGUGAAAACAAUGAGCACUCUGUCGGUUCGAAAAUCGCAUCGCCGGCGAGAAAAUGAAUUGUGUUGUGGUAAAAUCAAAUUUCUUUUUACUUAGCGAUCGGCACAGCGACAUUUCUCAUUAUCUUCCCGACAGAUUGAGACUACGAAAUAUAUAUUUAUAAUACCUCAUCAUCAUGUUGUAGCAACCAAUCCGUUGAGAACCUCAAGUACCUAACCAGUCAGCAAGCCUUGGCCGAUUUGGCCGACUUCAUUGAUGCGCAAAAUGCCAACAAAACCAUUCAAAACCCCAGAUGGGUUGUGUUUGGAGGCUCCUACCCUGGGGCGUUGGCGUUGUGGUUCAGAGAUAAGUACCCAACUCAUGCCAUUGGAGCUGUUGGGUCGUCAGCUCCCAUCGACAUCCAAAUGGACUUUUAUGGUAGGGAAAAAAGUUUUUUUGUUGGAAAUAUUACCCACUACACUGUAAACAGACACGAAAAUUUUUGUGCCAAAAUUUGCCAAAAAACGUCAUAUUUUUUUCAAACUUUCGACUAAAAAAUCUCGGUUGUUUCUGCAAAGCGCGAGCGAGGAUUCUCCCAUAUGUUUUAGAAAAACUUAUCCUAAAUUCGUGCCAAGUUUCAUCAAAAUCUGAGCAUCCCACUCCAGGUUCUUCAGCCUAAUUUUCAGGCUACCUUCGAGUCUGUCAAGACGCUUACCGCAACCAAAGUCCAAAAUGCGCGGAAAACAUUGGAAAAGCAUUUGAUCAACUCCACAGACUGAUGGACUUUGCGAAAGGCCGCUCUCGCCUUGAGGCCGCACUUCACAUCACUCCCGAACUCGAGAAACAGAACUUGACUUUUACAGACCUCCAGAAUCUGUAUGCCAAUGUUUUUGAGAUGUUUCAGGGAGCGGUUCAGUACAGCCGGGUUAAUGCGGUAAGGAAACGGGGGUUUUGGCUACUACUAGUCCGUUCCUAAAGUCGGUGGAGUAACAAAAAACAUCAAGAAAUCAAAUUUUGACCCAAAAAAUUGCAGCCUUUUGAUUUCAGGGCAGAUAUGCCACCGGUUACAGUGUCCCAGAUGUCUGUAAAAUCAUGGAAGAGCCUGUAUUCAGCCCUGUUACUCAUUUGAUCAAAGUGCACAAGUACUUAUUCGACAGCGACGUCUUCCCCGACGAUUAUCAGAGGGAUAUCGUGGACAUUUUAAAGGAUGAAGAGUUUGGUGAAGAUAGCUGUAAGUUUAAGUAAUCAAAUCUAUGGCCUAUUUGGCCUAACAAUGGAGAGAUUGAUGUGAAAUUUGCAGCUAUGAGAUCUUGGAUUUGGCAGACCUGCAACGAGUUCGGAUAUUUCCAAUCCACAGCGUUCGAAAAGAACAUUUUUGGGGUGGGAACACCGGCCGAUUACUACUACAACAUGUGCUCGGAUGUCUAUGGCAAAGAGUUCAACGUGGACUAUAUUAAAGCGGCGGUUCAAAGGACUAUCGAUCAUUACGGAAGGGCUGAGGAUUAUAAGGUAUGUAUAGCAUUUCCCAUAUAGGCAUAGAAAAAAUAUGAGAAACUCCGCGAAAAAGUGUCACAUCUCUUCCAAACAACUUUUCCAAUUGCAGGGAACAAACGUUGUGAUUCCCAACGGCUCCAUUGAUCCUUGGCACGCCCUCGGAACCUAUGUUAACGACACAGCUAAGAAUCAAUAUUCCUAUCUGAUUGAGGGCUCAGCUCAUUGUGCUGAUAUGUGCCCGCCGGGAGAGAAUGAUGUGCCCGGACUGACUCAUAUCCGAAAAGUUAUUUUGGAAAAGCUUCAGGAGUGGACCAAGGUCGAGAAUAAUAACGAUGAUGACAGUAAUAGAACGAUCAAGAAGAAGGUGGAAGCUGAGGAAAAGAAAGAAGAGAAGGCUGAGCAAAAACCUGUUGAACAUGAGCCUGGGAGAGUCUGUUUCGGCUGUGGCGGACAGAGAAAAGUGAGAAGAUUGAUUAUAUCAGUUUGUCGGGAAAAUAAUGGUCACAAUGUCGCUGCGUCAAUCGCAUCGCUGAAGUGAAAACAAUUUCAUCUUGCCGCGAUCCAAUUCAUUUCCUCGGUGGCGAUUUUCGAUGCGACAUAGUGCUCAUUAUUUUUCCGACAGACUGGUAACUCUUUACAAAGCUUUAUUGAGACCUUAGCGAUAAAGGGCGACAAGGAUGUGGCCAAAAAAUCCUUUCUUUCUCUCACUGUUUCUCCUGAUGUUACACAAUGCCUCGCUUGCAAGGAGUAUCAAAAUUCUUGUAGGCCAAGAAAAAGGGCUCAAGAAAAGGUUUCCUCAAAUUUGCAGACAUUUUGUGUGGCCUAUAUACAGGGCAAUUUGUCGGACAUUCAGAACAGAUUUACUUGUUGCGUUUGACCAGUUUUCCACCACAAAAUUUUUCAGCCCCUCAUCCGCAAUGGCGAGUUCAACCUGAUGUCUGGCAAUGAAAAGUUCCGUGGUGGGAGGUUGAUCGGACGGCCAAUGCUGCUGGGUCAGGAUGAGGACAUUUUGUUUGGGCUUGACAAGGAGACCCCGAACAUUUCCGAGUUCCAGCAGAUUUUGGACCACUUUGAAACUGAUGAAUCAAAAGUCAAGAACUUUACGCAGGUCAGUCAGGUUUCAUUUUUUGUUAGAUUUGUGGCAGAAUUCAAAUUUUUGUUCUUGAAUUAAUUUUUUUAAAAAUAUUUCAGUCUGUCGGGAAAAUAAUGAGCACCCUGUCGCAUUGAAAAUAUCGCAUCGCCGCCGAGAAAGUCAAAAUCAAACUGGUUUUCACCUCAGCGACGAUCAACGCAGCGACAUGUGCCCAUUAUUUUCCCGAAGACUGAUAAAAACUGAUUUUUACAGUCAGAGUUUUACAAUUCGUCAUCCCUUUUCAGUACUUCUACAUUAAUGAGGAGCACUACAAACCUGGAGGGCCACAAUUCCUCUUCAUUGGCGGAGAGGACCGUCUGGGUACGAAAUUUCUCUUCUCCGAGAAUAUUCCUCUCGUUCAGUAUGCGAAAGAAACGAACGCCGUCAUCUACGGGCUCGAACAUCGAUAUUACGGUGAUAGUGUGCCGGUUGAGUAAGUUUUUUGCGUCUAAAAUUACGGGUGCCAAAUAUUAGGUUUAGAAGUAUGACUUUGUCGUUUUUUGCGGCUCAUAAAUUAAACCAAAGAAAAAAACUUUACACUAAAGCUAUUUAGUUACUAUUACCACUACUAACUAUGACAUUUUCCAACAAUUUGACCAACUUUUGAACGCCAUCAGUGAAAACGUUUUUUUGUUUUGAGGCGAUUUAGUCAAGGGGCCAAUUUUUGACAUUUUUGUAUUCAGCGAAGCGUUGCCGCCUCAGAUCGGGUGCCAUGGAUGGAAACAAGUGUUAGUCUGAAAGCAUGGUGUCCGGAGAGUAUAGCGGGUGCGGGAACACCUCCCACCCCGGCGGUUCUAGGGUGUUUUCGACCGGUUUUUCAACUUGGGGUUUCACGUCAUCAUGCAGCAAAAUAAAAAAAUUUCUUUCCGACCGCUUUAAUCAUAGCUAUUCCUUCAGUUGCAUCAGUUAUUGUUGAUAACGGAUGCCAGUAACCGUUCUACCGGUUUUCAAGAGCUCUCAGUAAAUAACAUCUUGUUUAUGUCAUAUUAUACAGAGCAAAGCUUUCUCCUCGGUAAUGAUAGACAGCACGGUCGCUUGCGCUCCGGGUUGUCAAAAUCGAUUGAUUGUGCGUCCCGGAUCAUUAAAUGAAACAAAAAUGACUUUCUCCCCGUCUGCCUGUCAAAAUUUCGCAUGUUCUCCAUGUUGCGUUAGGUCAGUCCGUAUGAGACUCAAGUCUCUUCUUUUUGGAUCAUCCCCAUUUGAUGUAAACUGAGUGAAACUCCUUUCUGCGUCACGUGCAGCUUUUCGGCUAACUUUUACUGCAUCCAGCCCUCGGCUUUAACCAAUAUUCUCCAUCUACCAACUUUUUAGGUGGGUUUGGAAAUCUCCGGUUUUGAACCGUUGAAGCCAUUCCCAACUGAUUUUUUAAUCAAAGCGCGGUUAACUCAAGCUAUCAUGAGCGCUCGAUGCGUCAUCGGCGUUUUUGCUCACAUUACACGUGCAGAAUAAAGUUCCCCGCGAACGACACUUUCUUAAGGCGAAGUUGGUCAUGUUUGAAGUCUUAUAAAAGUCGUGAUAUAAAGCCUUGCCAUAUGAGACAUAUAUCAGUAGAUAGCGUUUUCAGCGUUCUUUCAGAUGCUCUAAACAAAAAUUGCGAAAUUAUAUUUCAACCUGUGAAAAACGCAAAAUAAAAAAACGACAAAGUCAUACUUCUAGACCUAAUAUGAACUGACUGAGUAUGAACUGUGGUGCUGACUGAAUAUGAAAUUUGGCAAAUUCGGUCUAUUUCAAGUACUAUAUAGUACCAAGUGCUAAGAAUGUGUUUUUGGGCUGUACUAACCAACACCAUUACCGCCUUACGGCCAAUUCUUCACUUCGUACUAAAUAGUACCAGCUGGUACUAUAUAGUACUAAGUGCUUAGAAUGCUUUUUUAAGCAGCACUAAGCACCAAACCAACAUCAUUACCAACGUAAGGCCAAAAUUUCACCUCGUACUAAAUUGUACCAGUUAUUACUAUAUAGUACCAAGUGCUAAAUGGGGUAAUAACAGUAACAGAAGCCCGGUUUUCAUUUUCAGUCAGUUCAUAUUCGGUGUUUCAUAAAACACAGUCUCGCUUCGAAAAUGAAAUAUCCUUACUCUUCUUGCCCAAAAACCAUGAUUUUAGGGACUUCUCCGUGAAGAAUCUCGUUUAUUUGACGUCCCAGCAAGCGCUUGCUGACAUAAAAUACUUCAUUGAGAGUAUUAACGUCGAGAAAAAGUACACUGACCCCAAAUGGAUUACAUUUGGCGGUAGCUAUGCGGGCGCGUUGUCGGCGUGGUUCCGACAGAAAUACCCGGAAGUUACGGUAGGAACGGUAGGGAGUUCCGGUCCGGUCGAGGCUAAAGUCGACUUUUUUGGUAGGUCCAUAGGUGUAAACUGUACGUCCUGUUGUGUCGCACGGCAACCCAAAAUAGAACAAAAAUGUCUCCCGCCCACUUUUGAAUUUCGUCCAAACGAAGUGUCAAAAUUCACAAAAGAAAUAAAAUAAUUCCGAGAAAAAUAUUUUUCGGUCGGAAAACCACACGAAAAUUCAUUUUUGACAUUUCGUUUGAAUUCAACCGAUACUAGGUGGGCGAAGCGCCGAAACGAGGCGGGAGACUCCCUGGGUUGCCGUGUGUCGUGAUGUAAAAUGUUGGAAGCGGCAAAAAAUUUAUCUUUAGAGUACGAUCAAGUUGUACAAGACGCUUUGAAAGACUGUAAAGGCAAUAUCAAAAAAGGGAUUGAUCAACUUCAACACCUUUCCACCACCAUUGAAGGGAGGAAAAUCAUCAAUGACAAGCUUGUGUAAGUCUUGGUUUCAGAGCAAAGAAAUUUGGACGCCUACAUGUAGAUAUGUAGUAUCAUCAGAAUUUUCUUUUUCAUCUUGAAUUUCAAAAUGAUAUAUUGGAAAUUUUAUUGAAAUUUUCAAAAUGUGUGUGACAUGUUAUACGGUGAAAAAAAUUUUGGUGGGAUUUUACAAUAGCUUUUAUUAACAAAGUCAUCAGAGAACCAUCUAAAACUCACUUGUGAGAUAAGAAGACAUAUAAUGUUGUUCAUCGUAUAAUAUGUCACCCUUCAUUUCAAAAGUUUGAAUAACUUUUUUAUAGUAUAACAUGUCACAUCCCUAUCUCUUCAUUUUCCAAAAAAUUUUUCAUUGUAUAACAUGUCGCCUUUCAUUUUGAAAGUUUUUAUGUUUUUGAACUCUCCGCGGGACUCUUCGGAAAAGCGGGAGUCUUCGACUGCAACGUCGACAUACCAGUGUCAUUCCUAACGACGAUUUUUCAGUCCGUGUAGUCCAGCUGACAGAUUCGAUGUCGAAACGGUUGACCCGUUCGACGAAAUGGAAUUCUUCAGCGAUCUAGUUGGCCGUUUUAUGGGAAGAAUUCAAUACAGUACACAUGUAAGCUCACAAUUUUUAAUCGAAUUUUUUCCUACAUACAUAAAGUAAUAGUACAGCCCCAAAAAUAAAAAAAAUCAAUUCCAGGGUCCCCAUGGAACAAUCUACCAGAUUUGCAAAAUCUGGAAUGACAACACCACCGACGCGUUCUAUAAAUUCAGAGAGAGCGGUAGGCAUUGCUAUUCGACUGAUUUCGAUGCGAACAUCCGACAACUGUCGGAUAUAUCGGCGGACGCCAACGACGCAACCUAUCGCCUCUGGUUCUGGCAGACCUGCAAUGAAUUCGGAUACUAUCAGUCGACGGAUAUCGGCUAUAACACAUUCGGCAGUGGAGUGCCAGUAAAGUAUGUCGAAAUUAUCGUAUCUUUGAAAGUUUUUGGGUGCAAAUCAAAGACAUUUUUUGUGAAAGAAAAUAUCCCGACUCUGUCUGAAAAGCACUAGUUAAAAUUUUCAGAGCUUGAUAAUUAACCUAGGUAUAAAGCGCAUGCUAAAUUUGACGUAAAUCUGAGCAUCCUACCUCGAGCAUUUCUUUUUUGAAGAAAGUCAGUCAUUUCCUUCUUUAUCCCUUGCCCGUUUCCAGCUACUACAUCGAGUGGUGUCGUCGCGCCUAUGACCCGUCAUUUACCCGCGACAAAAUUGAAGCCAAUAUCAAGAAGACUCAAGAGUUUUACGGCGGCGCCCGAGGCUACAAAGCCACCAGACAUAUUCAUGUUCAAGGCUCCGUUGAUCCGUGGCACGCACUUGGGUUCUACAUGAAAGACGGAGAGGAUCACGGACGAGAUGUGUCGGUUCACUUGGUUGAAGGCACCUCCCACUGCUACGAUAUGUAUCCGCCUUCAGAAUUCGACCCUAAGGGCCUAACGGAGGCGCGAACAGCAAUUUUGAAUAAGAUUAGGGAAUGGGUCGCGUAUGGAGGUAGUGAUGAGAAAAAGGAUGAUAUUCACGAUUUUUAA